UUUUCAUAAAUUUUUGGUCCGUUUCCAACCUCUUGUAUUCAGGAAUCCAGGUGUUUUAAACUGUUAAAAAUCCGUCCAAAAUUGCAUGGGUGUAUCAUUUUCGUGCCUAUUGGCUGCAUACUGUGAUCUCCAGGAUGGACUUGACUCAGUAAUUGUGAAAUCCAUUGGCUUCUCUGGAGAUGAUGAAAAGAAGACACCAGAGUGGUCUAUGGGCAUCAGCAGCCAAGAUUCUGAAUCAAAAGCAUUUCUAUCACUCGAUUAUGGAAACUGCCAAUCUGUAAUUGACACUGAGACUGAAGAGAUGGGCAAUCAGUCUUUAAAACAAAGUAUGGCCACUGUUAAAGUGCCACAAUUGCCAAUCCUGGAUUGCAGCAACCCGAAGCAUGAAGCUGCUGUAAAGUUGCAGAAAGUAUACAAAAGCUUCCGGACUAGAAGAAAGUUGGCAGAUUGUGCUGUUCUAAUCGAGAACAGUUGGUGGAAGCUAUUAGAUUUUGCAGAACUCAAGCAUAGUUCAAUAUCAUUCUUUGACCUUGAUAAACAUGAGAGUGCUAUCUCACGCUGGUCAAGAGCAAGAACACGAGCUGCCAAAGUAGGGAAAGGACUGUCAAAGAAUGGAAAAGCACAGAAACUUGCAUUGCAACAUUGGCUUGAGGCGAUUGAUCCUCGACAUCGUUAUGGACACAAUCUACAUUUCUAUUAUGUCAAAUGGUUUCAUUCUCAAAGCAAAGAACCUUUCUUCUACUGGCUAGAUAUCGGAGAAGGAAAAGAGGUUAAUCUUGUUGAGAAAUGUCCUCGAACAAAACUUCAGCAGCAGUGCAUUAAGUAUCUUGGCCCGAUGGAAAGAAAGGCUUAUGAAGUUGCAGUGGAAGAUGGAAAACUCUUCUAUAAGCAAACAGGAGAGUUACUUGACACCUCUGAUGAACCUAAGGCUAAAUGGAUUUUCGUUCUCGGUACCACAAGGACCAUGUAUGUGGGCAAGAAAAAGAAGGGAACAUUUCAGCACUCUAGUUUUCUGGCGGGGGGUGCCGCAUUAGCUGCUGGGAGGAUAGUUGUUGAGAACGGCAUCUUAAAGGCUGUCUGGCCUCACAGUGGCCAUUAUCGGCCAACACCAGAAAAUUUUCAAGACUUCAUUUCAUUUCUGAGGGACAACAAUGUGGAUCUAACUGAUGUCAAGCUUGACUCUGUAGAUGAAGAUGAAUCAUUUGGAAGGACAACCAGUGGACACCUAAGGAAUAACUCCUCUGAAGAGGAUCUGGCUGACAAAAUUGGCUUGAAGAUAGAAGAGAGUGAUGUCGUAGACUCGAAUUUAGAAAGAAGAAUUAACUCCGAGAAAGGAUUAAAUAAAGCUCCUGCUGAACUCACUCAGUCAAGGCCACUCGACUGCUUUGCUAGUAAAUUGACAAAUCUUCAGAUACCAAGCAAAGACGCUUUAGUAGAGAGGUUCAAGUCUGAAAGCGAACUAGUUCAAUUAGAUCCCAACAGCUUGCCACCAGAAUCCCCCACGGAUGGUUAUGAAACAGCAGAAGAAUCAUCUGAAUCAGAAAAGCCAAGGCCUAACUUGUCUACUAAAGAGCUUGAUGCAACUAAAGAACAUUCUGUAUCCGAAGACUCUAUUCUGAGGAUCAGUCCUCAUUCAGGAUUGAAACCAUUCCAAUUAGGGAAUAAGUUGUCUUGCAAAUGGAGUACGGGAGCUGGUCCACGGAUAGGCUGUUUAAGGGACUACCCGUCUGAGCUACAAUCCCAUGCUCUAGAACAAGCUAACUUAUCUCCCAGAAGUGCUUGUAUCCUGCACAGAACAGGUCAUCAUAGGAGGCCACAGUCAUCUCCAUUGUGUAAGAAAGAAGUACAUUUCAGUUGCUGAUCUAUCCACCACACUAGAAGGGCUAUAGGAUUAGUUGUUCAAUCAAUCUAUUCUUUUGUGUGAAUACCAAAAUGACCUAGGAAUUCUUUGUCAUUCUUUUUGUAGGGAUUCUUUGACAAUUUUUGUUUUUUUUUCCCUACUCAGCCAAUGUACACAUUUUUGUUCUCGUAGUGUACAGCAUACAGGAUGAAGUUUGUAAAACUUCCUU